AUGAAUGCGUAUGAGAAACUCGAGUGUAUUGGUGCUGGAACCUAUGGCCAAGUAUACAUGGCAAAAGAUAAAGAAACAGGAGAAGUGGUUGCUAUUAAGAAGAUUCGAAGCUUGAAUGAAGUGCAGGGCCUACCGGUAACUACAAUUCGUGAGAUUAAAGUGCUCAAGUGUUUAAAUCAUCCAAACUUGGUUGAGCUCAAAGAAGUCGUAGUCUCGUCAGAGAAUGAUGAUGAUGACGCUGAGUUCACGGACAUGGAGGAGCCUCUAGACUACUGCCACGGAUCGAUCUACUUGGUGCUGGAGUAUAUUGAACAUGACUUGACAGGUCUUAUAGACCGACAGCAUCAGUUUAACGAUACGGAAAUCAAGUGCUUAAUGAAGCAGUUGCUGGACGUCAUGGAGUAUAUGCACUCUAUUGACAUCAUUCAUCGAGACAUCAAGUGCUCAAACCUUUUGAUGACACGAGAUCAUUUGCUUAAGGUAGCAGAUUUUGGUCUAGCUCGUUCCUUGCGCGGAGAUCAGUUUUUUACAAACAAAGUUGUCACGCUAUGGUAUCGGCCCCCAGAGUUGCUACUUGGUGCCACAAGCUACGAUGCUAGCAUUGAUAUGUGGAGUGUGGGGUGCGUAUUUGCCGAGCUGUACAUAGGACAUCCUAUCUUCCAAGGCAAGACGGAGCUCGAGCAAAUUACUAAGAUUUUCGACAUCUGUGGAACCCCAACAACCGAGUCGUGGCCCGACUACAAGUUUUUGGCGCACAGUAGCACAUUUGUCCCAGAGAAAGCCAAGCCGAAACGGUUGCGCGAGUACUUAAUACGCGAGGCUACCGCGCGAAAAAGGAUUUUGCCGAAAGGUGCUCUUGAGUUGAUUGAGGCUCUCCUUGUGCUAGAUCCGGAGCAGCGAUUGAGAGCCUCAGACUGUCUUAGCGCGCAAUAUUUUAACGUACGCCCAUACCCUCCUGACGACCCAAAGAAGCUGUCUCCUAUUACAAACCUUCCACCGUCACACGAGUACCAGACAAAGAAGAUCCGCCGUGAACAGGCAAAGCAGAUGAACGGUGGAGGUGCAAACAAUCACAGUAACAGCAAUGCCGGAACUGGAGGCGGGCGUGGAUCACGCCCGAUCAGUCCACCCGGGGCUAGUAGUGGAGGUCGAUCAAGACAGAGCGCCUCGAAAGAUGUCGUUGACGUGUGUGUGAAAACAGAGGUUAAGAAGGAAGACUCGUCGUCUGCAGCCAAAAAAGAGGCGACGUGUGGCUUGAGUCGGUUGUGGAAAGUGCAGCACAUUAGUGAACAGGAUGGGCAAACGAUUGUCAAUUUGUAUCAGGGUUACCAGGUCACGGUCAAAGGUAAUGGCUUGUCAAUUCGUAGUGCAUUGAAUAUACGCGAAAAGGCGCAGGGCUCAUUGCGCCGGAAGGGAAAGGAAUGUGCAACUAUCAUCAAUGUGUGA